AUGACUAAAAUUAGCCUAAAAGUUAAAUUACGCCUACUACUAGCUUCUAAUGUAUUAUUGCCAUUAGAAGCUGUUUGUUGUCCUGUGGACUGCUGCGCAAACUGGCUUCCCGAUGAAGUCGGAGGAGAAGUGACAGCUGGAUGGUCAAUAUCCAUGCCAGCUGUCCUAGGUGGCGAUGACGGCUGUACAUCCACAUCAGAAUAUGCUGCCUUGAAUCAUGCUCUCAGCCCUUCAUCGACUAACCGUACACCUUGCAACUGGUUACCCAGUAUAUACAGAAAAACAAUAUUGUUUAGUACUUACUACGGCCGAGCUCAGUCCCUUAAUUUGUGUUAUAUAAAGAGGUGUCAGCAAGCCAAAACUGACCUCAUCAGGUUUGCGACUUGUUUCACGAACUUCAGCAACAAUGACAUCAGUGUCGAUAUUUCUAUUCACCUCAGGAUUUCCUUUUACUCCAACAAGGCAAUGCUCUUUGCUGUGGUUGAGCCAAUGGCCCGUUCGGCCCGUUCUGAUAAUCCUCUGGAGUUGAUUGGUCUUCACCCAUAUUAUCUCCUCCACACGCUUGUAACCCCAAAGCUCCAAGCUGCACAAUCAUCUUUUGCUUUUGAUCCACUGUGGUUCUCCAAGCUCGACUUCCGAGCAAUAGUGAGCGCUUUGAAGCUUCGAGGGCUUCGGAGGAGGCCGGUGGAUGAGAUCAAGAAGCUCCUCACCAGUCUUCGACUUCUGCAUCUCUCUGAAACUCUUCUUGUUCAGCAAAGCCUCGAGAUCCUUCAUGUCAUCUUCCUCGGUCCUCGGCUUCACUGCAAGUGCAUUUGCAGCCCCUCCGGAAGCCAUCUGUCUGUGCAUGAGUGGAGGUACAGGCAGCCAUUGUCCUCGGCCAUGGACCUCAGGGCCGUUCUCCACCGCCAGGAUGGGCCCGGACUCACCGCCCAGCUCCCUCAGGGCGGCCCGAUCGGCCGGCCCGGCCGACGACGGGCCGUUCUCCAGCUUCCUCAGCACCGUGGAGGAAUCGAUUGCGCUGAAGGGGACCCUCUCCAGCAGGCACACGGCGACCAUGGACCGGACGACAAGGAGCGGGCCCCCGCUUUCUUCGAUCAUGGCCCGCUCGUUCUGGCGAGGGGAGGGCCGGGGGACGGCGGCGGGGAUUUUGGCCUUUUGGGGUUGUCGGGGGGCAAUUUGGGGAUAUGGGUCUUGGGAUGGGCGGGCUUUGGGGGCAAGAUCUGGGAAAGGGGGGUGAAGGGCGCGUUGUUGAAGGCGGAAAUGGCGCGGAGGGAGAGGUCGAGGGAGGAGACGAGGUCGGGGACGGCGGUUUGGAGGGAGGAGAUGAGGUCCAGCUGGGCCGAGUGGAGGGUAGGAGUGGGAUUAAUAGCAGAACUUGAUGAAACAGGUGUGUUUGAAGGGAAACAACCAUGGGAAUGGGCAGAGAACCAGGUGGAAACUGAGCUACUUGGAGUGAGGUGGACCUUGGAAUUGGCAGUGCAGCAAGGCUGGUCAGAGGAACACUAG